GCGGAGGUGUCUACUGUGACGUGUCAUGGGGGCACGGAUUGGACGCAAUCUAUGCUCCAGUCUGCGCAAGCAGGACAGACCGCGGCGGCUUUUGGAAGAAGGUGUUCCAGAUGACAGCACGCCUGCUGAACCUUCACGGUGUGGAGAGCUGGUGGCUGAGACUUGCAAGAAGGGCAGUGCUCACUCACCGCAGCGCAUUAGGGAGGCGGAUUUCGAGUUCCUUCAGUGCAUUGGCAAGGGCACCUUUGGUCGCGUAUACCUGGUUCGGAAACGGGACGACGCGGCCCAGAGGUUGCUAGCCAUGAAGGUCUUGAAGAAGAGCCGAAUCGGAGAUUCAAGGCGCCGAGCAGAGUAUAUCAUCACGGAACGCAAAGUGCUGAGAAGCGCCAAUCAUCCAUUUGUUGCUCGUUUGAGGUAUGCUUUCCAAUCGGCCUCGCGUUUGUAUUUACUGACUGACUUUUUUGGUGGUGGCGAACUCUUAGAACACAUUCGGCGUUUGGGACGCUUCACAGAAGCGCAAGCGCGGUUCUUCGUAGCGGAGGUGUCUUUGGGUUUGGAAUAUCUGCACGACAAGGGGAUUUGCCAUCGAGAUUUAAAGCCCGAAAACGUCCUUCUGGACAAUGAUGGCCACGUGAGGCUCACGGACUUCGGUCUCGCUAAGAUGGGUCUCCGCCAAAAUCUCACUUCCACCAUGUGUGGAACCCCUGAGUACUUACCGCCAGAGGUUUUCAAACGGCAGUCCUAUGCCUGUGAAUUGGACUGGUGGUCCUGCGGCGUGCUGAUGUUUGAAAUGCUUGAGGGUCGACCGCCAUUUCGAGAUCCAAAUGAAAGCAGGCUCUUUCAACUCAUCAUGGAUGGCAAGUUUCGCUUUGAGUUUGUCCAUUCAGAAGAGGCUUCAAGCCUCAUCCGACAACUGCUGACUCCCGAUCUCGACAUGAGAUUGAAAUCUGCAGUGGAGGUUAAGGCCUCCAGAUGGCUUUCAACGAUCGACUGGGAUAUGGCGUUGAAACUGGGGCUACAACCCCCUUUCAGGCCGUCCAUGACUCGGAAAUGCUGUUCCCCGAGAUUAAGGCCGAGCUCUCCUGAAGUUGCCUCCAUAGGGCUUCACAUCCAGGGAUUCACGUACGUUCCUGAAGCGAGGGCGUUAUGUGAGCGCAAAGAAUUGCUUCUUAGAGAAACUUAGAAAUUCCCAUAUAGAUCCGAACGGGAAAUUCCAGUACAGAUCCUGUGAACAUGAAC